GGCGCGCCUAGCGUGCAAUUGCAUCUGCAAGUCCCAUCUUAGAUUCACGAACUCCAUAGCCAAAUUGGGAAUUGCGACCCUCUGAAGUCCCUUGUCGUUGAGAUAUUUCUCUCCGAAUUGUCUCCCUUUGAGCGGAGCUGCACGCCACCAUAAUUUUGGUCCUCCAUGGCUCCGCCUGCGCCGUCUCAUCGAACUUCAUCGCCGUCCCAACCAUCGGGAAAAAGUGAAGUAUCUGAUCUGAAAUCACAGCUCCGGCAGCUUGCUGGAAGCAGAGCACCGGGUGUUGAAGAUUCCAAGAGGGAGCUUUUUAAGAAAGUGAUCUCAUACAUGACUAUUGGGAUUGAUGUAUCGUCUCUCUUUGGAGAGAUGGUGAUGUGUUCUGCUACAUCAGACAUAGUUCUUAAGAAAAUGUGUUAUCUAUACGUUGGCAAUUAUGCCAAGGUUAAUCCUGAUCUUGCUCUUCUCACAAUUAAUUUCCUUCAAAGAGACUGCAAGGAUGAUGAUCCAAUGAUUAGAGGGCUUGCUUUGAGGAGUUUAUGUUCACUUCGGGUUGCAAAUCUUGUUGAGUAUCUGGUAGGGCCCUUGGGUUCUGGUUUGAAGGAUAGCAAUAGUUAUGUGAGAAUGGUUGCUGUUACGGGGGUUUUGAAACUAUACCGUAUAUCUGCUUCAACAUGCACUGAUGCUGAUUUUCCAGCAACGCUGAAGCAUUUGAUGCUUAAUGAUCGAGAUACUCAGGUAGUUGCAAAUUGUUUAUCUGCUCUACAAGAGAUUUUAACCUCAGAAGCUAGCUCCUUGGAGGAAGCAUCAAGAGAAAGAGAGGCUUUGCUCAGCAAGCCAGUUGUGUAUUAUCUUCUGAAUCGGAUCAAAGAAUUUAAUGAAUGGGCACAGUGUCUCAUACUUGAACUGGUUUCCAAAUAUGUACCGUCAGAUAGCAAUGAGAUUUUUGACAUCAUGAAUCUCCUUGAAGAUAGACUUCAGCAUGCUAAUGGUGCUGUGGUAUUGGCAACAACCAAAGUUUUUCUACAUUUGACUUUAUCAAUGACUGAUGUUCAUCAGCAGGUCUACGAACGAAUUAAAGCCCCUCUCUUAACCUUAGUGAGCUCAGGAAGUCCGGAGCAAUCUUAUGCAGUUCUCAGCCACCUGCAUCUCUUGGUGAUGCGUGCUCCAUUUGUAUUUUCUGCAGACUAUAAAUACUUCUAUUGUCAGUACAAUGAGCCAUCUUAUGUAAAAAAAUUGAAGCUCGAAAUGUUGACUGCAGUGGCAAAUGAGAGCAACACUUACGAAAUUGUGACAGAAUUAUGUGAAUAUGUUGCAAAUGUUGAUAUUCCCAUUGCAAGAGAGUCAAUACGUGCUGUUGGAAAAAUAGCACUGCAACAAUAUGAUGUUAAUGCAAUUGUUGAUCGACUUCUGCAGUUUUUGGAGAUGGAAAAGGACUAUGUGACUGCUGAAGCUCUGGUGCUUGUUAAAGACCUUUUGAGAAAAUAUCCACAAUGGAGUCAUGAUUGCAUUGCUGUUGUUGGCAGUAUCAGCAGUAAAAAUAUUCAAGAACCAAAGGCAAAAGCAGCUCUUAUCUGGAUGCUAGGAGAGUACUCACAGGACAUGCAAGAUGCCCCAUAUAUUCUAGAGAGUUUAGUUGAGAACUGGGAUGAUGAGCCUUCUGCUGAGGUACGCCUACAUCUUCUCACUGCAGUGAUGAAGUGUUUCUUCAAAAGGCCUCCGGAAACUCAAAAGGCCUUGGGAGCUGCACUGGCAGUAGGUCUCGCUGAUUUUCAUCAGGAUGUCCAUGAUCGAGCACUAUUCUACUACAGACUUUUGCAAUACAAUGUUUCUGUAGCUGAACGUGUGGUCAAUCCUCCAAAGCAAGCCGUUUCUGUAUUUGCUGAUACACAGAGCAGCGAAGUCAAGGAUAGAAUAUUUGAUGAAUUUAAUAGUUUGUCUGUUAUUUAUCAGAAGCCAUCUUACAUGUUUACUGACAAGGAACAUCGCGGUCCAUUUGAGUUCUCAGAUGAACUUGGAAAUUUAUCUAUUGGCGUAGAGUCUGCAGAUACUGUUGUUCCAGCUCAGCAAGUUGAGGCAAAUGAUAAGGACCUACUUCUAAGCACCUCAGUGGAAGAGGAAACGAGAGUCGUUAGUAACAAUGGUUCUGCAUAUAGUGCUCCUUCAUAUGGAGGCUCCAUUGGAUCUCUCGUUCCUCAAGCGCCACUAGAAUCUGCAUUGUCAAAUCCUUCCAUACCGGGGCCUGCUCCACAGUCAAGCUCUCCAUUCGAUGAUCUAUUUGGUCUUGGUCUACCAACAGCUUCUGCUUCUCCUAUCACUCCUGCCGCACCUUCACCACCUCCCUUGCAGUUAAAGUCAAAAGCUGUUCUAGAUCCAGGAACUUUUCAGCAGAAAUGGCGGCAACUGCCUAUAUCAAUAUCACAGGAAAUUUCUGUAAGCCCUCAAGGAGUCGCAGCGCUAACAUCACCACAAGUCCUCCUCCGACACAUGCAAAACCAUUCCAUUCAUUCCAUUGCAUCCGGUGGCCAGGCACCUAACUUCAAAAUCUUCUUCUUCGCACAAAAACAAGAAGAACCGAGCAACUUUCUGGUGGAGUGCAUUAUCAACACAGCUUCUGCCAAAGCACAGGUAAAGGUCAAAGCCGAUGAUCAAAGCUCGUCGCAAGCUUUCUCGUCUUUGUUCCAAUCAGCUCUGGCGAACUUUGGUAUGCCAUAAGUUUUCAGCGUUAAGUUUUGCUUGGUAAAUCCCCUCGUUCGUGUUACCUGCAUCAACAUAUAGGAACAGAUGGAUGGAGAUGAACAAGGUAGCUAUGGUUAUGGAAUUUCACAUUGAUUUGUAGUAUAGAUGAGUGUAAUAUGGGACUGAAGAAUUUCCUCUUUCUGUUCCCUAAUCGUGGCCCCUUCCAAGUGCUUAGCUUUUGCUCCAAAUCUGUGCUAUAAAAUCCACUGUAUAAGCUUUUGUGAAUUUUCAAGUCUUGUAGUUAGUUUCUUGUACUCUUCAUCUCUUUUCGCUUCUUUUUAACUUCUGUAUUGAGACUAUUUUUCAGCCUUAUGCAGGGUAAAUAAUAUCCAAGUUUCUUGGUCA